AUGCAAUCUCUGCCAGACGCACAACGAGUUACUUAUGAACGGCACAUUGCUAUCGGCAGACCUUUGAAACAUGUGAAUUCGAACAGUUUACACGCUAUGUCAAUACCCUUUAGCAGUGCAUCAGAAGGUCAGGCUUCCGAAGCAGAUGUCCUAGCCACUGAGAAAAGUUCGCACCGGAUUGUUGGUGAAUUGUGUAAGAUCCAGGAAACAAAUGACUUUCUCUGCAUGUGGUCGUCUCCUCACAAAGCCUCGAAAGAGGGUACCGGCACCGAGGAAGCUCGAAACAAGACUAACGGGAGGUCGAGAGGCGAAGAUAAUCUGAUAGAGAUGAGCAAAGGGAUGAUCGACCUUUCUCGGGCCACGGAACGACUACACUGCAUCUGGAGAAAGAUAGCAAGUCUACAGCUUAGGAUCGGACAUGCACGAAUGUCUAUCACAAAUGGUUCCACGACUCUGAAACCAACGCCUGAGACAGUUUUCUUGCGAGUAUGCUACAAGAAGUCAUUUUGUAGAUACGAUCCAUCGCUCGGUAUAUUGAGCUCGAACUUCGCAGCAUGCAAGCCAGUGAAAUGCAUUGACGAGCUCAAGCCCUGCUCCGAAUUGACAGAGACAACCCUCAGGGAUCAUUGUAGUGGUGACAGCGCUACUUCGUUCAUUUUAUUGACCAACGAUGGCUACUCUCUCUCCAGGUACAUCAACGGGAAGUGGCAGUGUCGCGUCUCUGACGCUCGAUCAUCUGCCAUGGUUGCUUUUGUAAACAAGGAAAAAUCGGACUACAUGAGAAUUUUCUGCGCCACGUUGCGUAGUCUGGUAGAGGAUGUUGGCACGAAGUGUUGGUCUCCAAUUGAUACAGAUGGCGUAAACUACGCGUCACACGAACACUGCAUGGUCUAUGGCUGGAUUCCACUUCGAUGUAUCGAGAGGAUAAUAUCACUCGUUUAUUUCGAACAUACGUGGACCCAGAUUCUUUGUCCAUUCCAUGCUCAUACACGGCUGCAUCGGGAAGGGUUCGAUCCUAUGGUGGUCAAGCAGGUCAUACCAGGGCAAGCUGAGUUUGAGGACCGCUACCACUGGAAGAACAAACAGUUUGGUGGUACCCCUCUCGAAUUUGACAACUGCAUUCGGCUUUUCGCUCAAAUUGCAGCAUCUGACGAAGGACUGGAGAGGUAUAUGACCCGGUCACUCGGAUUCAGCACACCUGAUGUUGAACAAUUUAUGUAUAAACUCUACUUCGAAUAUUGCGGACACGGAACUGUGUACAAUGUAGUCAAAGAUCAGAGAGCAGUUGUUGGGAAGGUCAUGGGUCUGCCUCUUCCAACCUUGGUGCCUGAGCCAUUCAUAUGUAGUACUACCACAAUUGGAAAAAUGGGGAAGAAAGAGUGGUGCCGUUUUUGA